AAUACAUGGUCGACAGGCUCGCCAAUCGAAAUUUCAGUUUCCCUCCUCUCCACCGAAAACGCUCGCCAAUCGAAUCUGCAGUGUCCGCUCGUAUGAGCUCUGAAACCUGUGCUAUUUAGAUGAAUAUAGUACUGCUGAUAAAGUGAGGGGAAUUUCUUGUUUGAUCCCGUGUUAUUUAGAUGAAUCUUUUUAGCUUUUCAUGUCUGCUGGUGUGCCAAGAAUUAGUCUGCGAGCUGCAAUCUCGCUCUUCCGUGGCCUGUAAAUAUAGUUUGGUUUCCUCUCCCACCGUGAUUUGACGUGCCGUUGUGUUUUUGCGGGUGUACUCUAAUCCAAUGAAAUGCACUUUGCUUUUCAUGUGUUAUUAACAAGUACCAGUGCCAAGAACGCUAGUUCUUUAAGAAACUACCCUUGCUGUGUUAUGAUAUUAUCAGCCCAUGGCGUCAUGUUUUUAAUUCUGCUUGUGUUGUAUUUUGUGCCAAUGCUGCUCAAGCAAAAUUGAACCAAUGGAACAGUUUACAUCAUGUGCUGUCAUGAUCUGAGUUAUAGGACUUGCAUAAGUGUUUGGAACUUUGUUUGUUCUUGUGACUGUGAUUAAACAUGCAUAUUUCUAGAUAAAAAAAUCACGUGUUGGUUUAUGAAUGCUAUAACAAAUCACGUAUGUGUAUGCUAGAUAAAAGAAGCAACCAAGCUAGUAGCUUCAUGACAUUUCAGCUCAUAUAGUUUUUUUAUAUAAGAGAGAUUCUGCAGUUUAAUAGAACACAUCGUGAAUAAUUAUGAAUUUCCUUUUUUUAGGACUAUUUGUUUUGAUCCAACGGUCAGGUGUUGCUCACCAGAAACAUGCCUGUCUAACCAGAUAGGAAGGCAUGCCCUGUUUUAUUUUUUUCCCCUGCGGUAGAUCUGAGAUGGGAGAGGUGCCGAAGUCCUGAGUUGCCGUCUGUCCUCUAUAUGCAACCAUGAUGCAAUCGUCUAUUGACAGACAGUCAAUUGUGUCAUAUGCAGUUUAUAUUCUAACAUCUCAAUUUGUCACUUGGCAGGUAACGUUCAUCCUAUUAUCCGUGUUGUUUGAUGCGGUUUAAUGGCGAGUAAUAUGCAGACUCCUGGUCCGCCUCAGCCCCCCCGCCCUCCUAUGAUGGGUUCUACCGCACCACAAAAUAUGUUACAACCAAUGCCCAUGCAGUGGCCACCAGUUCCGCCACAACAGCCUCCUCAGUUCAUGCAACCAGCGCCACAACAGUAUCGGCCUGUUGGUCAGGCCAUGCCAGGAGUUAACAUGGGCAUGCCAGGGCAGAUGCAACAUUUUCAGCAACCUGGGCCACAUAUGCCUCAUUCUGGUCAUGUUCCGCCUGCAUCACAAGCUGUUCCUAUGCCAUACCAGGCAGUUAGACCUAUGUCAUCAGCUCCUAUGCAGCCACAGCAGCAAGCUGUAUUCCCUGGUGGACAUAUGCCCACCAUGGGCACCCCUAUGCCGCCUCCUUCUUAUACUUAUCAACCAACAAUGGUUCCUCCUGGAGCUCAACCCUGGGGUACAGUCCCAGGUCAGGGCGCUCCUCUUGUGUCACCAAUGGUGCAGCCUGGGCAUCAGUCUCUCUCAGCUUCAGUGCCCCCAGUAAUGGCGUCAAAGCUCAAUUCCGUUAGCGUAAUCAAAGUAGCUUUGUUAUCGAUCAAUGAACAAUAUCACUGUCAUGAUUAGAGAGAUCAAUUAAUCAAUAAUGUACCCAAGGACAACGAUGAUGUGUACCCACGUGUGUUUCUUGUAUGUACCCAUGAAGGUUGUCAUGGGCUCCACAUGCGUCCUAUAUUGUUGGCCCUUGAUGCGGCGCCUCGGCCUCUCAUAGAGGACCGGAAGCUUGCGGUAGCAGGAGCAAAAGCAUCUCCGAACCCUUCGGCCCUUCCUGAUGAGCUGCACCUCAUAGUUCAUCACUGGAAUCCAUGCUUUGUUUUUGUCGCUCUCAGGUUGCAUAUCAUGCCAAAUUGUCUCUGGCCUGCUCACUCGUUGUUUGUUGUCUCAUUUGUCUCUCGCUAUGGAAGAAAUAUAAGAGUGUUUAUAUAGUA